AUGAGCUCUAGUCGUUUAAAGCGCAAGUUAGAUGAGCAGGGCAUUGACUAUACGAGCCGGCGAGCCACUGAGAACUUCUGUCUGAUUGGCACUCCCCUCCCGCCACUCGAGAAGUCGAAAGAUACAGGAGAGUAUGUGCCACUCUGGAAGCAGGAUGUGCGGGAUGAGAAGGGGCGACGGCGACUGCAUGGCGCGUUCACUGGUGGUUUCUCGGCCGGAUACUUCAAUACCGUAGGGUCAAAAGAGGGAUGGACACCAUCGAACUUUGUCUCUUCGCGUGGCGAAAGGGCUAAGCAGAAGGCGGCAAAGCCGGAAGACUUCAUGGACGAGGAGGAUUUGGCUGAGCAUUGUGAAGAGCAACUCAUGAAGGGCGUACACGCACAACGAGAUACUUUUGGUACUGCACCUAGCGCCGCGGGAACUGAUGAUUCAAUGGCACAAAGCAUUCAACAGGCGCUUAUGCCUCCUCCGGAAGAUUCCCCCGGAAUGACUCUACUUCGGAAGAUGGGUUGGCGUCCAGGCCAGGGAGUGGGACCUCGUAUUACUUGGCGACAACGGAAGAUUCAAGAUAUACUAGCCUCUGGACGUUCCCUGAACGACGUUGACAUCGAUGCAUUGGCCGCAGAGGAAGGGGAAGAGGUCACGAAACACAUGUUCGCACCGCGAGAUACAGUCGCCCCUAUUCUACCUCGCAAAAAGGACGCACAUGGGCUCGGAUAUGUUGCCGGAGAUGGGCUUGGAGGGCGCUCGGCCGGUGUGAGCAAAGGUCCCAAGUUGUCAUCUGGGUUUGGGCUCGGCGCUCUCAACGAGGCGGACGACGAUGACUUGGACGUGUAUGAUACGAGUCUUCCGGCGGAGCGCACGUACAUGCCCUACGAUGCGGCGGACCGCGAGCCUGAUGAGAAUAUCACGCUUUCGGGUCGUAAGGGGCGGACGCUACAGGUACCCGCUCAGACUUCUAAAACGGCUACUCAAACGUUCAAGGACGGGUCGGCGGUGCUCCAUGGCUUCGUACUGGCUUCCGCCCCGGUUACUCAGGACAUGAGGUUCCCUCUCCCAGAAAUACCCGCAGGUUGGAAGCCCGACCCACGACGCGUUUGGAACGCGGGCAAGGAGAAUGACAGUCCAGCCAAGACGACGGGCGCACAAACUAGCGCUGGAUGGCGAAACAACUUGUCCGCCGACCAGCGCGGGUCAAUCCUCGGCGAGACGCCCCUCCCGCGAGAAUCCCGGUCCAUCUUCGACUACCUGUCACAGAAAGACCGUGACCGUAUCCAAUCGGCAUCAGCAGGACUCAAGGCGCCAAAGGAAUCUGCGGAUGCUGCAGCUCCUGCUGGAGUGGCGGCGGCGGCGGCGCCUGCAGAGGCGAUACCUGACGCCUUCACGCCCGCGCACAUCGCCGCGGCUGCCUUACAGGGUUAUAUGCCUUAUGUAUCCGACCCAGCGAAGCAAGCGCGUUAUGUUGCCUACUUGCGUUCCCAGGCGGAGGGCGCUGAUCCAUUGCGCGCGCUACCCGGUCAGAGCGUCUCAGACCUCCGUAAAGAGCUAUCGGACUAUGCGAAAAGCGCUGCGGUGUUCAAACCCGUCACGGGUGCGAUGGCGAGCCGGUUCACGAGCGCUGCGGCGUACGACUCGGGUCCAAAGGCCGUCGAGGGUCUGUAUCAACCCGUGUACGUUGAUGAGGACGAGGAAGAGAUCAAGCGCAAGGAGGCUGAGAAGCGGAAGAAGGAAGAAGAACGCGAGCAGCACGCUCGAGACGAGGAGGCCGCCGUCGAAGGCUCACGAGCGCACGCCGUCAAGUUCGGAAUGUACGGUCCCCUCACGCGCGAAGUCACUCCCUGGCAGCCCGCUCGCCUGCUCUGUAAACGCUUCGGCGUCAAAGAUCCCAAUCCGGAUCUUGCGACUGAGACGGCCAUGCCCGGCGUCCCCGCGCCAGCUAGUGCAAGUGCGAACACGAGCACAUGGAAACCUGAAGAAGCGCUCAAGGACGCGGAUCUUGCUACUGCGACUGGCGCCGGCGCCGUGGGGUCCAACAUUCCAGCGAGCGGCACGUCCGGGGUUGGGGAUGCCGGAGACGGUCGAAGAGAUUUGGAUAACGUUGGUCUAGGCGAGGACGAAACGCAGGGCCGGGAUACGCUGACUUAUGUGCGGCCGAGCAUGGAUAUCUUCAAGGCGAUCUUUGCUAGCGAUGAAGAGAGUGACGAUGAAGAUGAGCCGGCGGCUCAGGAUAUUGUCAUGCGGGAUGUUCCAUCAACGACACCUUCCAACGGUCCGACGGCGCCGCCGACAGCCAGCGCUGUCGCUGACACACCUGCGCCUGCGCCCGCCCCUGCUGCCCCGGCACACUUACGGCCGGACGCCAAUGAAGCUUCCACAUCAUACGAACCCAAAUCGCCACCAACUGUUAACCAGGAGCCUGUCGACCUGGCCACGUUCAAGCCAACAUUCAACAUCCGCAAAGGAGAAGACAAGGAGAAAUCGGCGAAAGGUAAAGACAAGGACCGGAAGAGGAAGGCCAAGGCGAUCGUCUCGUUUGGCGACGAGGAAGACGAGGGCGGAUUGCAGAUCGCGCCGUCCAAAGCGAAAGACAAGGAUAAGGAUAGGAAGAAGAAACGACGUAAGGAGAAGGAGGACGCAGACGAUGAGUCUAUGUGGGUAGAGAAACCCGUACCAGAUGCCGUCAAGGCGCUCCAGACUCGAGUACCAACGGAUGGGUCAGUCGCUGACAGUCAGCGGAAUAGGAAGAGAGCAGUCGACUUCCUGGACUAG